ACAAUCAAGAAACUAUUCAUAAGUGUAGAAAAACACCCCUCCCCCUAAGAAAAUAGCCUAAACAUGCUAACGUGUAUGAAUGUUAGGAGAAUAGAAGAAUGUUUAAAGUAAAAAUUUAUGCGGCCACUCCUUCUCCAGCCCCACCAUAUCCUCUUCUAACACUUCCAUAUACAACAACUCUACUCCUCUUUCACAUUUUCUUUCCCUUCCUCUUCGAAAUUCUCUCCAUUCCCACCCUUGCCUAAAAGGAAAACUCCCACUUCCUCCAUAUGGAUAAAGCAUCUGAGAGAGAGACUCGAGACUUCAUGAGCGUCGAGUCCUUCUCUCAGCUGCCCUUCAUCCGCUCUGCGCCCCGCGACAAGGGCGCCGGUGGAAUUAGACUAUUCGGCCAAGAAUUGGGCACCAAGAAAACCCCAAAGGACUAUCCCUCAGACUCCAACGAUGACGAAAACAACAUCAACAACACUCAAGACUCGGAGGCCAGCAACGGAGGCGGCAGCAGCCGGAAAUUCGAGUGCCACUACUGCUGCCGAAACUUCCCCACCUCCCAAGCCCUCGGCGGCCACCAAAACGCCCACAAGAGGGAGAGGCAGCAAGCCAAGAGAGCUCAUCUGCAGUCAGCAAUGCUGCAUGGUAGCUUGGCUGAUUCUCACGUCUACGGCCUAAUGAACUACAGCCGCCUCGGCUCAGCACCUCCGCUGCCGGUGGCUUACCACUCUUGGGGCGGUGGAGGCGGCCCUGCCUCCAGCAGCGCCUACACCGCCACCAGCAGGAUCUACGGGAGCUACGCAAACACCACCGCUCAGCCACAGCAGCAGCCGAUCACCUGCAGCCCCUUGGCCUUUUGGCGGGUCCCAGCUGCUGCUCCGGCUGCGUUUGCUGGCCGCAGCCAGCCACCGCAGACGUCACUGGAGGUGAGGGCCUUGCCAUCGUCGAUCAGUAGCAUUCCAGCCUCUCAGCUGCGGUUUGGAUACGAAUCGAAGGCUAAAAUGCAAGAACAUGUGAGUUUGGAUUUGCAUCUUUAGCUGGAUUUUCUUGGGAAAAAAGAGGGAAAAUAUAAAUGAAUUGCUUAUUUCUCGAGGAAUAACAUCAUCUCAGAUUCUUGAUUUUAUUUACAAGAAAUCAUACUAGUGUGUAAAUGAAUUAACUUCCUCGGUGAUUUACUUCGUUCAUUUUUUUUAUUA